CAUCAUCAUGGUAGGGCUCACAACCGCACAGGUGACGGACCUGUCCAUGACUAACGUCAUCAUUCACCCUCUCGUCCUCCUCUCCGUCGUAGAUCACGCUUCCAGAGUCCCAUUACCGAACAAGAAAAGAGUCCUGGGUGUUCUUUUAGGGGAAGAUACUGGUAGUAGCAUCAAUGUUGCAAAUUCCUUCGCACUUCCGUUCGAGGAAGAUGAUAGAGAUCCUAGGACUUUUUUCUUAGAUAUGGAUUUUGCAGAGGAAAUGUGGAGAAUGUUCCGGAAAGUCAAUGCCAAAGAACGUCCAGUCGGAUUCUAUCAUACCGGUCCUCGACUCCGUUCUUCCGAUUUGGAAAUUACCGAACUGUUCAAGCGAUUCUGCUCCCGUCCGGUGAUGGUCAUUGUCGAUGUCAGGGCCAGCGGGGGAAGAGGUGAUACAGGAAUACCUACGGAUGCUUACUUUGCCGUGGAGGAGAUCAGGGAUGACGGGACAUCCACCCAACGAACGUUCACCCAUGUCCCAACCACUAUAGAGGCCGAAGAAGCAGAAGAAAUCGGCGUAGAACAUCUUCUCCGAGACAUUUCCGUCUCCCCAAACUCCGGCACAACACUUCCAACAUCACUCUUAACAACACAAUCUUUAUCUUCCCGAGUAGCCGCCCAACUCAACGCCCUCAGAGGUUUACACGCACGUUUGGGUGAGAUACGAGAGUAUCUCGUCCAUGUACGAAGUGGGAAAUUACCUAUCAACCAUCCGGUGAUAUACAAGUUGCAAGAGAUGGUUGGGUCUUUACCUCAAUUAGGGACGGAUGUGGAAUUGGGAAGAGCUUUCAGAGUGGGAGCGAACGAUCAAGGGAUGUUGGUUUAUCUGAGUGCUUUGAUACGGUCUGUCUUGGCUCUGCACGAUUUGAUCGAGAACAGGAUAUCCAACGCUCAGCAGGAAAUAGAAGAUGCGAAAUCUCCCGAAGAAAGAGCCAACGAGGCCAAGGCUGCUGCGGCUGGUAUCAAAGCUGCUGAUGUUGCCAAGGCGAAGAAAGAGCGGGAGUGAAUGGUCUCAGUGCCUUCUCUAUCUACACUCCCACCCCACCCUGCAUGUCGUCCUUCAUGAUGAUCACUUCCUACUCGCCCAUGUCAUCUACUCAAUUCACUCAUCUCGACUUUGGGUCAGCGUAUCGAGUAUGAGCAUUGGGAAGACAAAGUGAAGUAUAAGUUACGCAUUAAGGAGACAAAGUGGGAUAGGGAAGAGAAUGAGUCUCAUAAAAAUCGCAUCAUGCAUCGUUGUGGUACAUG